AUGAAGGACUUCUUCUAUAUUUGUAUUCUCUUCUCUACUUCAAUCGCUUUAGAAAAGAAAGAAUUCGUGAUCGAUGGGAAAGUGUCGUUGGAGGGUUUAUGGGCCGAGUUCGAUGAGCUCUUUGAGGCCGGUGCGCCCGGGUCGGUACGCCCGGGUCUUUACGCCUGCUCAAUGUGGUGCAGAUGGGUGACAAUUUUGAAGGGUCCCGAGUUUCCUUGUGACUGUACGUGGAAGAAUCGAGAAGGAAAUAUAAACCAUCUGAGGAAUCAACGACUUCACCGCCAGAAGAUUGGCGGUUCAACCUUCGUCCAU